AUGAGCCAAAGCCAGCCUCGGAAAAACGGCUCGCCGGGCAGCGGGGCCAGGAGGAACGACAGCCAGGACUAUCUCCUCAUGGACUCGGAGCCGUGCGAGGAGAACUGCAUGGCGCCCUACGCGUACUACCCCGCUAGAGGCGCUGAGAACAGACAUGGCCUUCGACAACAGACAAUAGUUCGGGAGAAAGGCAGGAGGCUCGCCAAUCGAGGCCCAGCGUACAUGUUUAAUGACCAUUCAACCAGCCUUUCUAUCGAAGAGGAGCGUUUUUUGGAAGCUGCAGAAUAUGGAAAUAUCCCCGUCAUCCGUAAAAUGCUGGAAGAAUGUGUUUCGCUGAAUGUGAACUGUGUGGACUACAUGGGGCAAAACGCACUGCAGCUGGCGGUAGCGAAUGAACACCUGGAGAUCACCGAACUUCUGCUUAAGAAGGAGAACCUGUCACGGGUUGGGGAUGCCCUGCUUUUGGCCAUUAGCAAAGGGUACGUCCGGAUAGUGGAAGCCAUCUUAAGUCACCCUGCGUUCGCUGAAGGCAAGCGGCUGGCCACCAGCCCCAGCCAGUCAGAGCUGCAGCACGACGACUUCUACGCCUACGACGAGGAUGGGACGCGCUUCUCUCAUGAUGUCACCCCCAUCAUCCUGGCCUCCCACUGCCACGAGUACGAAAUCGUGCACACCCUGCUGAGGAAAGGGGCGCGUAUCGAAAGGCCUCACGACUACUUCUGCAAAUGCAGUGAGUGCAAUAAGAAGCAGAAGCACGACUCUUUCAGCCACUCCAGGUCCAGGAUCAAUGCUUACAAAGGCUUGGCUAGCCCGGCUUACCUGUCCUUGUCCAGCGAAGAUCCGGUCAUGACUGCCUUAGAACUCAGCAACGAGCUAGCUGUGCUUGCUAACAUUGAGAAAGAGUUCAAGAACGAUUACAAAAAAUUGUCUAUGCAGUGCAAGGACUUUGUAGUCGGACUUCUAGACCUGUGCAGAAACACAGAAGAAGUUGAAGCAAUCCUGAACGGAGAUGUUGAGCUGAACCACGGGGAGCGUGGGCGGCCCAGCCUCAGCCGCUUAAAACUCGCCAUUAAAUAUGAAGUCAAAAAAUUUGUAGCACAUCCCAACUGCCAGCAGCAGCUCCUCUCUAUCUGGUAUGAGAAUCUGUCAGGUUUACGUCAACAGACCAUGGCGGUGAAGUUUUUGGUGGUGCUUGCCGUUGCGGUUGGGUUGCCAUUCCUGUCGGCGGCUUACUGGAUUGCUCCGUGCAGCAAGUUGGGCAGGAUAAUGCGUGGACCGUUCAUGAAGUUUGUGGCACACGCCGCCUCUUUCACCAUUUUCCUGGGGCUGCUGGUCAUGAAUGCAGCGGACAGAUUUGAUGGCACCAAAAUAAAGCCUAAUGAAUCUAGGACAGAUAAUGAAACACAGCUGUUCAGGAUGAAAACAUCCUGCUUCUCCUGGAUGGAGCUGCUUAUUAUCUCUUGGGUAAUAGGUAUGAUAUGGUCCGAAUGCAAAGAGAUCUGGUCUCAAGGCCCUAAGGAAUACCUCUUUGAGUUGUGGAAUAUGCUUGAUUUCGGUAUGCUGGCUAUUUUCGCCGCUUCCUUCAUUGCGAGGUUCAUGGCAUUUUGGCACGCUUCCAGAGCCCAGAACAUCGUUGCUAAAUCAAACAUGUCAGCAGCGACACUGGAACCCAGCAUCAAGUACUACACUUUGGCUAGAAUAGACUGGGAUCCAUCAGACCCUCAAAUCAUAUCUGAAGGCCUAUAUGCAAUUGCUGUGGUUUUAAGCUUUUCAAGAAUCGCUUACAUUUUGCCUGCCAAUGAAAGUUUUGGACCUCUGCAGAUCUCCCUUGGCAGAACUGUGAAAGACAUAUUCAAAUUCAUGGUCAUCUUCAUCAUGGUGUUUGUGGCCUUCAUGAUAGGAAUGUUUAACCUCUACUCCUACUACAUGGGGGCAAAGCAAAACGAAGCAUUCACUACAGUAGAAGAAAGCUUCAAAACUUUGUUCUGGGCAAUAUUUGGACUCUCAGAAGUUAAAUCAGUUGUCAUAAACUACAAUCACAAGUUCAUUGAGAACAUCGGUUAUGUCCUCUACGGUGUCUACAACGUCACCAUGGUUAUUGUUCUAUUGAACAUGCUUAUCGCAAUGAUCAACAGCUCUUUCCAGGAAAUUGAGCUAGGCCAAAGAAAGCAUUCAAGUAUAAAAAGCACAGAUGACCUCAAUUUAAACAGCUUAAGUAAUCCUCAAAGGAAGUAUCAGAAAAUUAUGAAACGUCUUAUUAAAAGAUACGUACUGAAAGCUCAAGUGGACAAGGAGAGUGACGAAGUCAAUGAAGGUGAGCUGAAAGAAAUUAAACAGGACAUCUCAAGCCUGCGUUAUGAACUCCUUGAAGAAAAAUCACAGAACACAGAAGACCUGGCAGAACUCAUCAGAAAACUUGGGGAGAAACUGUGCAUUGAGCCAAAGCAGGAACAAAUUAACAGAUAA